AGUUGGGGGCUGGUGGUCUGCCCGGUCUGGGCCGCCGCCGCCUGCGUGCCAGAGCCGCCCGCUGCCGCCCUUUUGCUGCCUAUUUCCCACUCCCUCCCCUCCGAAGGCACGGAGCUGCUACCUCCGCAUCAUCCCCUCUUUAGGGGAUCUUGGGCUUCGCCCUGCAGCCCCGGCCUGUGUAGAGGGAAGGGAGGAGGGACCGGCGGGCGGGAGGAACCCCUACCCGGUACCUGGUAAAACCCAUCAGUAGGCCUGGAGUCAAAAAUCUGCAGCUAAUACAAAACUCUCUUCUGCUCUUUGGCUCUCCAUGCGAGCCAGGGACAAAUGGAUGCCAUCGCAAGUGCCGGCCUCAAGAGGAAGUUUGACGAUGUGGACGUGGGCUCGCCCAUUUCCAAUUCCGACGAUGAGAUCUCCAACAGCGACAGCGCGGACAGCUGCGACAGCGUCAAUCCUCCAAGCUCCUCAGGCUUCAUUCCAACCUCCAUCUUAAAAAGGCAGAAACAGCUGCGUAGAAAGAACGUGCGCUUCGACCAAGUGACCGUGUACUACUUUGCAAGGCGUCAGGGAUUUACCAGCGUUCCUAGCCAAGGGGGCAGUUCCCUGGGCAUGGCCCAGCGGCAUAACUCUGUCCGCAGGUAUACCCUUGGUGAAUUUGCCCAAGAGCAGGAAGUGAAUCACCGUGAGAUCCUUCGAGAACACCUAAAGGAGGAGAAGCUUCAUGCCAAGAAAAUGAAGCUGACCAAGAAUGGAACUGUGGAGUCCGAAGAGGCUGAUGGCUUGACGCUUGAGGAUGUCUCUGAUGAUGACCUCGAUGUAGAGAACGUGGAGGUGGAUGACUACUUCUUCUUACAGCCGUUGCCCACCAAGCGGCGGCGAGCUCUACUUCGAGCCUCUGGUGUCCAUCGCAUCGAUGCAGAGGAAAAACAAGAACUUCGGGCCAUCCGCCUCUCGCGAGAAGAAUGUGGGUGUGACUGCCGGCUGUACUGUGACCCUGAGGCCUGUGCCUGUAGCCAGGCUGGAAUUAAAUGCCAGGUGGACCGAAUGUCCUUCCCAUGCGGCUGUUCCAGAGAUGGUUGUGGGAACAUGGCUGGGAGAAUUGAAUUCAAUCCCAUCCGGGUGAGGACUCACUACCUGCACACCAUUAUGAAACUAGAGCUAGAGAAUAAACGGCAGGUGAGCCGGGCCCAGGUUCUGGAUGAAGAGACCCCUCAUAGCUCCGGCAGUGACUGGCUGGGAAGCCAGUCCCCAGAGACCCAGGAUUUCCAGGAGUUCAUGGCGGAGAAUGAAACGGCAGUCAUGCAUCUUCAGACAGCUGAGGAGUUGGAGCGGCUGAAGGCCGAGGAAGACUCUAGCAGCGGCUCCAGCAUGGAAAGCUUGGGGGUGUGCAUUUUGGAGGAGCCGCUUUCUGUCUCCGAAGGGAUGUGCCCAAGCCUCGCCACACCAAUCCUCAUUCAAGCUCAGCUGCCACCAGGUUCCUCUGUUCUGUGUUUCACGGACAGUUCUGAGCAAGCCAGCUCAGCUGAGGGCAGCCAACGCUACUUGAACAAUGGGCCUGUUGUGUACUAUCAGGUUGACCAAAGGUCAGUGCUGGGGGUGAAGGGGGAAAAUAGAGCAGAGGAGCCUGAGGGGCCCCCUCGUUACACAGAGGAGAAGGAGCUAAGCAUCUACUCUGUCCCUGUGACUUCACUGGUGUCUUGCGGCAGAGCCACAGCCACCAGCAGUGUAGAAACAGAGAAGGCUGCUGUAUCUUUCGAGCCCCUGUCUUCUGAGAGCUGUCAGCCUGAAGUUCCUCUGCCAAGCCUGCCACUCCACACAGACGUGCCACAAGACAGUUUGCGGCCCCAGAAUGUGGUGCCGCAAUCUCCAGAGAGGGCCUGCGAGCUCCCCUCUUCUGAGGAAUGCUCUUUGGGCCCUUCUCUGGCCGUGUGACAAUUCCCAACCCAUCACCUUGAUGUUUAUUUAUUGACAAAAGGUUUUUAAUCAAAUGGCCAUAGCCAUUGGGAAUUGUUUAAUAUUGGGGUGUGGGAGGGAAAGGAGAAGGGGGCUGCUUCGUGUGGGCUCCACCAUAUAAGGACCUAAAACGAGCACUUAUAGCUGCCUCGAAGUAGGAGGACCUGUCUACUAGUUGGGCGGCCUCCUGGUUCUGAAGAGGUUGGACCCAUAGGCGAUGGAACUUUGUAGGGGAGGCCUUGACUCCAUCCUACAAGGACCAAAUGUGAAUGUGUCUCAUGGAAGCAAUAGAGCAAAGCUGCCUUUUCUAAAGCGCUGGAUGGGUUGGAGGGCAGGCGGAAGAGAACACUUGUUGCUACUUCAUGACAUCAAUCAGUCUCUAGGCGUGGUGGAAAUCUCUCCCUCCAGUUGCUGAUCCCAAGCGAAGCUGCCGCCACCGCUGCCGUCACCCAUCCCUUUCUGUCACUUUCAGUGCUGUGUCUUGGUAACGGUGACCUUACUUGCUUGAACUGCUCUAACCAGUUACACAGCUUAAGCUCUGCAACCUCUUAUUUAUGUGACAUUUACUGCCCUUCGUUCCCUGGAAGAAUCCCAUAUAUUUUUUAAAUUCACUAUGAAUUAACUUUGAUCAUGACUAGCUUACACCUACAGUUUGGCAUGCAACUGUCGUAAAAAAUAAUUUUCAUCCUGGAGCCUCUGCCCUGCCCCUGCCAAUAGCUUCACCCAAACAUGUUCACGGCCCGUUUUGCUGGCUGGCCUUUGCUGGGACUGAUUAUGUUUAAACUAAGUUUUUUUAAAAAUGCUGAAUGUUUACGGACAUGAUGUGACUCAAGUCUUGUCACGGACUCUAUGAUCCUAAGCUGUCACCUCCGACUAGAGUCCCUUUGGGGAUCUAUUUCUGUAAACAAUGAACGCCCUAGGAUCGGGUGGGAUCCAACUUCCUUCUGAAAAGAACUGCCAAUUUGGGUGGGCAGAGAAUUCGACAAAGUACUUAUUAGCCUUUUGCCCCAUAGUUUUCUGAAUCAAUUUUCCCUUCCACUAUCUCAGUCUUUUCCAUUCUAGUUGCACAAGAAUUUGGAGGUGAUAUUGAAAGCUUUCUGUCCCCUUGCUCCUUGCUUAGCAACCUAGCAUUCUGGAUGACUUGAAAGGGCACGGAGUCUGUGUGCAGUAAAACUGCAACCUGCUGGGUACCAAGCAUUUAGGGUCAGUAAAUGUGCAAUAAGGUGGCACCUGCAAUUCCCCUCCUGGUGAAGUGUGUACAUUGUUCCAAUUGGUCUUGGAAUAAAGGGAGAAAGGACGUCCUUAUAAGCUGCCACUCCACCCCUAUGACAACUCUAGGGUAACAAAAGCACUUUUCUCUUCCAGCUUACCAGGCAUCCUUUCCUUCUUCAUCUACCUAAACAACAGAUAAUCAUUGUCUUUCUCUGUCAUCACCUGUUCUGACCCAGCUCAUGUUACAGCCCUGUGGUGUAUGGCCUGGUAGAUCAGCAAGAACUGGUUUCCCAGUAUUUAGGAAUCUUUCUUUUUUCAGACUGCUCAAGACUUACAGUGAGUUGCACGAAAGCUAUAGUCUGGGUAAUUCAGUUACCCAUAACUCCUUAUGCAUAAGAGAGGGUGGGAUUUAAAUAGCCUUUGCAGAGAGAUCUAUCCUCAUCAAAACCUACCUCCCAGCUGAGAAAUAAUACAGGCACCAUCAGAACUUAAAUAGGUGUUUUGUGUUUUUCAGGCAUAUCACCAGAUCUGUGUGAAUGCUGGGCCAUGUAAGUUUCUAGAUGCUGAAUCUGAAAAGAUUUAACAGGUUUGCCCCUUAAUUGAAAAGCUGCUUGGGAGUAGGCAGAACAAAAAAACUCUGGCGGUAGCCAAGUCUAACUUAAUUCUUGGCUGUUAACAAUCAGUGAUGAGCAAUCGGCGCUGCCAGUACAUCCAGAAAAGCCUAUUCUCCUGAAAGUGACUCUCUGUAAGAUAAACACUAGCAAAUGCUGUGUAGGCGGCAGCUGAGAAAAACUGACUAUAACUAUUGACAUGUAACAUCAUUCCAGGCUUCAGAAUAGAUGCAAAGACUCCAAUACUAAAUUCCUGUCUUGAUUUUUACCUUAUUUCACCCAAGCUCUCCUUGUGCAGAUUAGCAUAUAGUAUACAGCCAGGGCUUCUGUACUUUUGCCAGACUACUAACUACUUAAUUGCUUUCACAUCACUACCUUUUUGGGGGGGAUUGUUCAGAAGCAAUGCUAUGAUUAGUGAGCAAAUGUCUCCUUUGUACAUUUUAAAAUGUAACAGGAUGAACGUGCAGCCUUAAAAAUGUCCACUGUCCUCGUCUUUAAAAAGCCACACGUUGUUGCAUGACACACACAAACACUCCUUCCUAUACACUGAUCUCAUUCCUGAGAGGGUGUUUAGGCUUUUAUUCCAUGCUGUUUUACCCCCAGGCUACUGUUGGGUUUGAGGGUCCAUUGGUGUCUUUAGGAAGAAUCUUUCCUAAUUCUCACAUUUGUAGUUUACAAAACAAGUGGUGCUAUAAACUAGAUUUAUUUUCAAGGCAGCUGAUCCCAGAUGCAACUCUCACUGUAGCAAAUGUACUUAGUGCUCCUCACAUCUGAAUCAAACAGAAUAGAAAAAAUUUCCUCCUACAUUGAAUGCAUAGCUUUGUAGGUAUCUAGGUCAAAGAGAAGGCAUCUCUCAUAAAAUUCUCAACUCUUUGAAAGCACCUUGGCUAUUUAUAAUACUGACCUGUAACUGCUUUUUUACACAAUUACAGUAAUAUUAUUAUGGGCAGCUGUGGGUUUGUUUCAGGACAAGAUGCACUUGCCUUUUUCCUAUAUUACUCCUCCAUUGUUUCAGCUAUAGUCUUUAUAGCCCUGAAUUAGGACCAUUGUGUUGUAGAUCUGCUCUAAAGUAGUAGCUAAAACCAGAGAUUUUGCUGCCUUUAACUGCAUGGUGUUAUUCUGGGGAUUGGGCACAAUCAGCCCUAGAAUCAAGAUUUUCAAUGGGGCUUACCUCAAUCCUUGCAGAUCUGGCAGUAUAAGAAUCUCCUCCUGUUGAGUGCUUAAACUGUUGCACCCCUUGGCCACCUGCCAAUUCUCACAGAUGGUUUGGUGGAAUACACUUUCUGAAAAUGGAAGCAGCUUCACACUUAAAAUACCAGGAUUCCAUUUUUAUAAUGCAGAAACAAUUCUCGUGACUGACAUUCCGGAAUGCAAUGAUUAAUGUAACGGCUUGGUAGAAACUAAAGUACUAAAAUACUACAUUCUUACCCAGAGGUGUAGAUAAAAGGGAAAACAGAACCUCAACAUAGCCAUCUGAACUAUUAAAUUUUACACUGGCUUUCUUUUCCACGAGAAUGCUUAGUUAUGACAGGAAAAUACCACCUUAAAUAGCUAUUUGUAGAAAAACAGCUAGGGGGAAAAACACUCCUUCCUGAGCAUUCUGAAAAAAGAAAGGGCGCUGAUCUCAAAUGACAAUUUUAUUCCUAAAUCCUAUAGUAGAGGCUGGGCUUCUUAGAAAGCUUUUGUUUUAAAGAAUGUUCUUUAAUGCAAAAAGGCCUAUUCUCUUGCCUGUCUCCCUUUUGUUAUUAAUAACAAAACUCUCUUUCUUACUUUGAUGUGGUGGUACAUUCGCCUGUUUUCCCUUCUUCCCUUCUUUUGGUGCUACUGAACUGUUUACAGGACAGCCCUUUUACUACCUGGAAGAGACUUCUAUUAACAGAAGCCCUGGUCUGACAUAAUUGGUAUUAGCCCUGUCCUCUUUUGUCACUUGCAACUGAUAACUUCAUAACUCUGCUUUCCUGCAGGAAAUACACAGGUGGCAUUUUCAAUGUGAAUCCAAAGCUUGUCAGGUCCUUUACAUUUUGUUUUGCCUUUAUGUUCUUUUCAUUGUGAUAAUGCUGUAUUUAAAGAGGAUAUUUAAGUGUAAAAGCAAAUAAAUGCGUAAACUUA